AGGAAAGAAAAGAACCCAAAACACACCAAGCCGAGCCCAAAUCCCCCCGAAAGGAAGGCGAGAGCGGCGGGGCUGCUGCUCGGCGGCUGCUGGACCCGGUGGGACGCGGCGGGACCCGUGUUUUUUCUCUCUCCGGCACCCGGUCGGGUCGGACACAAAGUGCUGUCCAGCUGGAAUGAAUAUAUCUGAGUCUAGCUACUGCCGAGAGGAGAUAUCGCAACCCCGGGGCGACUGUUCAUGGGGCACGGGCGCCGCUGAGCCCGGGCUCGCCUUCCCUCGCCCCCCGGGCGCCGCCUCCCCCGCCAGCCGCUCGCCCAGCCCCGAGCCCGGCUUCGCCUUCGGCCCCGCCGGAGCCGCCCCCGCCGCGGCCCCCGGCGCGGCCCCCAGCCGCUCGCCCAGCCCCGAGCCCGGCUAUGGAUACAGCCCCCCGGCGGGCCGAGCCGAGGGCAAGGCUGGCGAGGACUCGCGGAUCCGCCGGCCCAUGAACGCCUUCAUGGUCUGGGCGAAGGAUGAGCGCAAGAGGCUGGCGCAGCAGAACCCCGACCUGCACAACGCCGUGCUCAGCAAGAUGCUGGGUCAGUCAUGGAAAGCACUGAGCGCUAGCGACAAGCGUCCCUUUGUGGAAGAGGCAGAGCGGCUGCGAAUCCAGCAUCUCCAGGAUCACCCCAACUACAAGUACCGCCCAAGGAGAAAGAAGCAAGCCAAGAAAAUCAAGAGGAUGGAACCCAAUAUCCUCCUGCAUAACCUUUCCCAGCCUUGCAGUGACAACUUCAGCAUGAGUCACCAUGGCGGCAGCCAGCCGGGCCACCCCCAGCCUCCCCCACUUAACCACUUCAGAGAACUCCACUCCAUGGGGUCGGAUAUUGAAAACUAUGGCUUGCCAACUCCUGAGAUGUCUCCCUUGGAUGUCUUGGAACAGACCGAGCCGGCAUUUUUCCCUCCACACAUGCAGGAUGACUGCAACAUGAUGCCCUUUCGUGGCUACCACCACCAUCACCAGAUGGAGUUUCCCCAGGAGAAGUGCAUGGGGCGGGACGUGGCGGUGCCCUACGCGCAGACCCCCUCGCACUUGGCCGAUGCUAUGAGGACUCCCCAUCCUUCCAGCAUAUACUACAACCAGAUGUGCUCAGGAACUCAGAAUGGGCUUUCCGCCCACCUGGGCCAGCUCUCGCCCCCACCUGAAGCCCACCACAUGGAGAGUAUGGAUCACUUGAACCAAACCGAGCUGUGGACAGACGUUGACCGCAAUGAGUUUGACCAGUAUUUGAACAUGAGCAGGACUCGUCCCGAAGCCUCGGGACUCCCUUACCAUGUUUCCCUGUCCAAAGUGACUCCUAGAAGCAUCUCCUGCGAGGAGAGCAGCUUGAUAUCUGCCUUGUCCGAUGCCAGCAGCGCUGUCUACUAUAGCCCCUGCAUCACCGGUUAGGUUGGCCCCAUCAUUCGAUGCUCUCAGCGGGAGAGCCCCAGCUCUCUGUUAGAAACAAAAAAAGCCAUCCUCCUUUAACCACGAGCUCCAUAAUAUUUAGAAUAUCUCAUUAAAUGCAUUGCUUUCUUUUAUUUGUUUCUUUUUUUUGGGUUUUUUUUUUAGAGCAAAAAACCAUGCUGAACUCACUGAUAUACCAUAUCACUAUAUAACACAGAUAGACGCCUUUCCCAAGCGCUAGCCUGCCUGCCGCGCUCCCCGCUCCAGCCCUCGGCAGGGCGUAGCUGUAGCUCCCAUCAGCUCAGAGAGGGCAUUUUUUUAAGCCAACUCCAGUAAAUCCUGCCCAAAACAACCACCACCAGGAUGAGCCGAAACGACCUGCCCUCAGUAUUUAAUCCAGGAGAAUUUGAGAGCUGGGGGGAAGCUUUUAGGAAGACUUUGUUGGGGCCAUUAAAGAGUCGGCACCUCUCUGGGGUGGCCUUUAGGGCAGGUUUUACUGUAUUCUCAGCAAUAUAUUUUAAUUGGGCAACAAAACUAUAUUUUUACUAAGCAUUUUUAUAUAUAAAAUGGUAUUUAAUGUCUUUGGGGUGUUUUGGGUUUUUUUUAUUAGACUUUUUUAAAAGAAAUCGAGGGGUAUCCAUGAGAUCUAAAGCAUUUAUGUAGCAAAGCUGGAUUUGGGGGAAAAAAGGGGGGGAGGGGGAAUAAGGAGAUAUUUUGUGAAAAGGGAAUGACAAUGUAAAUAUUGUGGAACAAUUGACUGGAAUUUUGUACAAAAGAAAAAUACGACUGCAAACACUUUUAUUGUCUAGAACUGUAUGGAGAGCAAACUGUUUUAUACUGGUUAAUUAUUAAAACAUCUUCAUAUAAUUGUUCCCAUCUUGUGUGCUUGUUGUGUGAACACAUUUUUUCCGCAAAUACAUGUUGUCCCAACCGUUUCCAGAUUUUCAGAUCCGUUGAUUAAUGUUUUGACAACCUGGCAAAUGUAUUAAUUUCCAGGCUGCCGCCUGCCCGCCCCAUCAGCCGCCUUGGGCUCCAUAAGCAAGGCUCGUCUCGGGACAGGACGGCGGCUCCGGCAGUGGGAUGGGAUGCUGGUGGCCACCCCACAAUGUGAUCUGCAGGAAAAGCAGCUGUUCGAUUAAAGCAUAAUAAACCAUGAGAUAACCUUCUCGGAAA